AUGGCGAGCGGAUCCUGCAACGAAGUCCUCUUGACUUCCACGGAGGCAAGGAUCCCCCACCGGAAAGGCCUCCUGCAUAGGAACCACCAGAACAGGAGCACUUACACAGAAUCGGAAACGGAAUCAGGAAACCAGCAUCACAAGGAAACACCUGAAACGACCACCGUACAGCUUAGCAGAUCGACCUCCUCCAAAACGAAAUCAGACAAACUGAAAGAUUGA